AUGCACAAGCUGAUCCCAUUAUUCUGCUAUAUCUGUGUCGCAGAAGCCUCCACCCACCACUAUUAUCACAUACAUGAUGAUGAGCUGUAUUAUUCAAAAACUGAUGAGGGCCCACGGAUCACUCGUCACAGCUUUUUUAAACAAGAAUUCCGAUUAGGAUACAAAUUGAAGCUGUUUUGCGAAGCUCAUGGUGUACCUCUACCAGAUCUGCGAUGGUAUAAGGAUGGCAUAGAGGUUCGAACACGGCCUGGAAUACUGAUUCGCAAUCAAAGCGGUGAACAUUCGAUUGCCUCUCAUCUGGAUAUCGAUCCAGCUCAUAUGCAAGAUGCUGGAGAAUACGAGUGUGUAGCCAACAAUACUUACGGAUUCCAUUUACAACAUAUCCGAGCGCAAAUGCGCAUUUGA